CAGCAUUUCAAAGUCUCUGUGAGUAAAACAUGUGGUGUCCUAAAUUUUGUUGAAACCUAAGUUACAACUGAUACACUGCAUAGCAUGGAUAGAAUAUCAUACGACCGAAAAUAGCACUUAAACCCAACAAUGAGUUACGAAUUAACGAGCAUACAUGCCGGAAACAUCACAGAGAUUCACGAAGUCCCUAUGCGAGUUGUGACAAGACCGUUCCCUCCGGAAGUUAAUGAAGAAAAGGUGAAAAGUUUGAUGGAUACAUUGACUGAUCCCGAUAGAGAGUCAUUAGUACCACCUGUCGAUAUUUUAUGGAUCAAAGGAAGAGAAGGAGGAGAUUACUAUUAUUCUUUUGGAGGAUGUCACCGGUAUACGGCACAUCAGAGACUUGGGAAGGAAACAAUAAAAGCUAAAUUAGUCAAGUCAACGAUAAAUGACUUGCGCAGUUAUCUUGGAAGCUCCACUCCUGAUCUCAUAUAAUGACGGACUAACAUGUGAGAAAUAAUAUCUUAUCAUUAGUACUUUAUCAGUUUGCCCAACUGAAUAUCACAAAAAAAAAAAAGUAUAAAAAAUAUCAGUGAUUGAUAGAAUUCCAUCCUUAUAAUAUAUACAGUGAAUCAAUCAAUGAUAU